AUGCGCCUGCUUACGUCGGUCUCAAUUGGCGCUUUGGCGGGUGCAGUUCUCUCUACAGCGAAGCUCGAAGUCCGAAGAGUUGACAACAGAAACGUGGUUGACAACAGAAAUGUGGUUGAUCAUGGCGAGCUUGUGCCGACGCCGACCCAUGCUCUCGAGCUGAGGCAUGCCGCGGUCACAACAAUUGUUGAUGCUCCCACCUUUCAAGUUACUGUUUGCCCGGAGCCAAUUGGCUCUUAUGCCGCAUUGACAACAGAGCCAGAUCUCACCUUUGGUUGCAAGCCUGGCUUUGUCUGCGAUCCCCCAAAGCCAGAUGGAUGCAAUCUCUGGCCGGGACUUCCUCCCAAGGAGUUCCAAUGCCAGCCUGAGUUCUGUCGACCAGCUCCUCCUUUGGACCUGGUGAUGUGGGAGGAAGGCAAGACGGGCUACUUCAAGCCGCAGGAUGGCUACUUCAAUCUGAACCCGGAGCAAUUCGGCCUGUCGUACGACAUUUUCGAGUACACCGUCGUCCGGAAAGCAUCAGAGGGGUGCACCUCGACUUAUACGACUGGUAACUGGGCGUCACAGGCCACCUUGACGGAAGGGCCUCUACAGACAUACUUGCCCGGAGACAAGAGGCGCGCCUACAGCCCGAACAAUGAGCAAGUUCGUCGAAAGACACAGAGCCUCGGCAAACGCGCUACCAUGGCGGUUACAUGCUUCGACACCUGCGCAAUAGCGUCAAUGAUUGCGGAGAAGGACGGCAAGAUCCCGGAGCUUUGCGAGGUCGGAUCCGACUUCAUGAACGCCUACAACCAGUGUGUUGACUGCGUUGCGGCAGCCGAAGGCGUCCCGAGGGAGGUAGCCCAGGCGGCACUGGAUUCUGACUUCGGUCAGUGGAUCGACUUCUGCGACGGACUAACGUCGCCAACAACGACGACUUCUUCGGUCCCCGAGUCCAUCGUGACGACGACGCCUACCCUUGGGACCACCACGCAGGUCUCUGCAAGCCCGACGACUUUCAUUGAGACGACAACCUCGAGCCCCGUGGAGUCGACGACUCAGCAGUCUACUACCGCGCCUCCUCCUCCUCCCACAACCACGGCCGGCUCUACCACCAUUCCUAGCUCGACCACCAGCCCCAUCUCAUCUUCGAGCAGCAGUCCUUCUCCAAGCUCGUCGCGAGAGGUGACCUCUACACCCCCGACAUCGUCGUCAGCCCCGCCACCACCGCCAACAUCGACUUCGACAACCGCCGCCUCGUCUCAGCCGCCUUCGUCUACCGCGGCUUCCUCAGCACCGCCUUCCUCGAUCGCCACUUCAAACUCAGCUUCGCAGCCGCCCUCUGGCACCGAGGUAUCGUCUGCCAGUAGCACCUCUGAGUCGGCCACAGGGUCUGGCUCUUCUCUACCAGGUACGACACCCACUAGUGUGAAUAGUGAAUCUGGGUCUGCGUCUGCAUCUGCGUCUGCAUCUGCGUCUGCAUCUGCGUCUGCAUCUGUGUCCGCGUCUGAACCCGCGUCCGGGUCUGCGUCGGAGUCCGCCUCUGCGUCUGCAUCGGCAUCGUCGGCCUCCAAUGGCGCAACUGCCACCUCUCCACCAGCCUCCUCAGCUACGACGGGGGAGACUGGAGCCGUGCCCCCUCCGACAGGUACUCAUACCCCAACCGGCACCAGUUCUUCCGCUGGCGCUGGCCUCCCAUCCGGUACCAAUUCCCCGACCGGUGCUGGUUCCUCCACCGGCGCUGGUUCCCCGUCCGGUACCGUGUCCCCCUCUGACCCCGGUUCCUCAACUGGAACUUCCGUUGAAACUGGUACCUCUGCCGAGACGGGCACCGGCUCCUCGGCCGGAGCAACUUCUAGGACAGAUGCCGGUGCCCCAGCCGGUACUGGCUCAUCGGGAGCUGCUGUGACAGGCACUGCUAUCCAAACAGGCACUAAUGUCUCCUCAACAGGCUUCAGCUCUCCUGGGCAAUUGGAGAGAGCAAGCUCAACCAGCCCUGGAUUACCGGGCGGCGCUGGCGGCGCUGAGCCGACCGGCACGAGCGGCAACGGCGGCCAAGGCGGCAACAAUGGCGGUGCCGGAUCUACUGGAGCGCCCCCGAAUGGCGGCGGCAACAAUAAUGGCCAGGGCGGCAACGGCGGAGCGACGGGAACUGGUCCCAUCACUUCGCCGACUGGCGGCAUACCUGUUUCCAACGAUCUCUCUCGACCGAGCGAGAACUUUGGUCUCCUGGUUGCCGCCAUUCUGGGCCUGUGGGUUCUCUGA